AUGGAGGAAGAUUUUGAAUAUGAUGCUCUGGCAUUGAAGUUCCCCAGAAGGGGACGCUGGUACACCCGUCUGUGGCGCUCCUGUCCUGGUUUUGGAUGCCUGCGUCAAAAGAAAACGACGAAAUUUCCCCUCUAUCUGAUCGGGUAUGAUCCCGUGGGUCGAUUACAAAGAGCGGCCUGUGUUGGGGACGUGGAGAAAAUUGAAAGUAUGAUCCAUGAGUGUCAUCAUCAUGUGGAUGAAUCUGAUUGGAGGGGCAGGACAUCGCUGCAUUAUGCGAGUGCCCACAACCAUCCAGAUGUAGUGACACUGUUAUUAGAAAAUAAGUCCAACAUUAACAUCCAGGAUGAUGAAGGCUGCACACCGUUGAUUAAGGUAGCUAUUGGCCAUCUGUUUUGGCACAAUGCUAAUCCAAAUUUGAUGGAUUACAGUGGGAAUACAGCCUUUCACCAUGCCAUUUCCAGGGGCAGCAUAGCAAUUGUAAAGAUGCUCCUGGAGUACAACGUAGAUAUUGAAGCCAAAACAGAGGCUGCUGCUGAUGUUGGACCUUCCACUUCUACUGCUGACAGCCUGGAUGCUGCUGAGCCUGCGCAGAAUAAGUCCACCAAGGAGGCUGCCACCUGCGCCAAGUCCACCAUUGCCACUGACAGUCUGACUGCAGUUGAGCCUGCGCAGACUAAGUCCCCCACGGAGGCUGCCAGUCUGACUGCAGCUGAGCAUGCACUGACUAAGUCCACCAAGGAUGCUGCCAGUCUGACUGCAGCUGAGCCUGCGCCGACUAAGUCCACCACUGCCGCUGACAGUCUGACUGCAGUUGAGCCUGUGCCGACUAAGUCCACCAAUGCCGCUGACAGUCUGACUGCAGUUGAGCCUGUGCCGACUAAGUCCACCACUGCCGCUGCCAGUCUGACUGCAGCUGAGCUUGCGCUGACUAAGUCCACCAAUUCCGCUGAAGGUCUGACUGCAGAUGAGCCCGAGCUGUCCCAUACAAAUGCUGAUGACAGUACUGUGUCAGGUGACUCAGGACCAGCUAGUCACAUUGGAUUGGAUUAUGUAGUUGAUUUACCUCUUUACAAGGAGAGUACAAGGUACAAACCCCAUGCUGACCCAGAGCCCACUCCUGGUUCCUGCACUUGUGAUUCCCUUGACUCCAUUCAAAUGACUAACCUGACUCUUUUGAUAUCCCUUAGUGAAGAAGAAAUAUUUUAUACUGCUUCUUCAGAUGAGGAAUCUUCUUUUAUUCCUGACAUAGAAGAAGGUCUGCCUGCUACUCAGGCACCUGUUGAUAAUUUUGAUGCUUCUGCGUCAGCUGAACCAAUAAACCACAGCAUGAACCCUCUCAGGGUGGGUGGAUAUCUUCCGGCACCAGCGAUAGCACACAUCCCCUUUUUGCCUUUUUUAUGGCUUGUAUCCUCACUUUUCUCUGUCAUAACAUGGAUGAAAAUCCAAAUUCAACAUGCAUGGCAUGAAGAAAAUGGCCAAGGAGCUCCCACUGACAAAAAAGUUGGAUCAGAUUAGUUAGACAAAAAUAGUAGCUUAAAAUAGAUGAAUUUUUUUCCCUUGAAACCUAGGUCUGUUUUGUUAAUAAAUUUCAUGCUUCUAUAGGGCUAUUCAUGAAUAACCUAGAACCUGAAACUUUUUUUCAAUUUAUAUAUUUUUAGUAACAUGAUAAAUCCAGUUUGGACAAAUACAAGUGACAUGUAAAACUGUUUUCUGAUUGGUUGUUUUCUAGUCUAGAAUGAGGAGAUUAUGGUCACUCCCAGUGAAGACCUUGUGUUUCCUGAAUGACUAAGCAGGGGUAACUUCCUGUUAAAUGUUAUUGUCUAUUUAAUGCUGUCAUUCUGAACUCUGACUUCUGAGGUUAGCAUAGCCUUUGACCGCAACAUUCCAAAAGAAGCAACUUCAGAGAUUAAAAAUAACAAGAGAAGCAUCCACCUUCUCACUGUUUCUCACUACAUUGAUCCCGAUGAUAAUGAUACUGAUGUUGUUGAUGCUGGGCAUGACAAUAUCACCAGUGAUGUGCCUGAUGAUGCUGUUGAUAAUUCUUGUUUUUCUUCUAGUGGCUGCGGCUCCUGAUCCCUAGACCCUUGAUAUUCCUCCAGGAUCGAUUGGAAUGCCACAGCAGUCUGUGUGGGAGAAUUGAUCAUAUAUAUAAAUUGUAGAGUUAAAGGUAUAAUGUGAUAGUAGACUGAAGUAAAAAUUUAUUGUUUCACUGGAGACUCAGUUGUGCCAUGUGAUGCUUCCUAGAAAAAAUGUUCAAUUAUUUUCAAUUUUAUUUUUUACUUGUUUACUUUACAUCCUGCUCACUGCCCCCUCCCUGUCAGCCUCUCCCACAAUCCUUCCCUUGCGCCCCGCCUCCUUCUCCUCUGAGAGGGUAGGGGCCACUUGGUUAUCUUCCCACCCUGGAACAUGAAGUCUCUGUGAGACUAUGCCCUUCCUCUCCCACUGAGUCCAGACAAGGCCGUCUAGAUAGAAGGACAUAUCCCGCAUAGGGGCAACAGCUUUAAGGAUAGUCCCUGCUGCAGUUUUUUUUGGGACUCACACGAAGAUCGAGCUCCAUAUGUGCUACCUAUGUGUGUGGAGGCUUAGGACCAGCCUCUGUAUAUUCUUUGGUUGGUGGAUCAGUCUCUAAGAGCCCUAAGAGUCCAGGUCAAUCGAUUUUGUUAGUCUUCCUGUUGCGUUCUUAUCCUCUGAGGGACUGCAAUCCUUCUACUUUUUCUUCCAUAAGAGUCUUCAAGAUCCAUCCAAUUUUAGCUGUGGGUGUGUACAUCUAAGUCAGCUGCUGGGUGCAACCUCUCCAGACAGCCUGUGCUAGACUCUGUCUGCUAGCAUAACAGGGUAUCAUUCAGAGUCAGGGACUGUCGCUUGUUCAAGGGAUCAGUUUCAAGUUGGGUGGGUUAUUGGUUGGCUGUUCCCUCAGUCUCCCCUCCAGCCCUAUUCCUUCAUUUCCUGUAGACAGGAAAAAAUUUGGAUUUAAAGUUUUGUGGUUGGGUCGAUGUUCCAGUUGCUCCACUGGGCUUCCUGCAUAGCGAGAAGAGCCAGGAUCCCCAUGCUCUGUAUCCCCAGUGCAGUGAGUCACAAGCUCCAGUGAUUCUUGUUGCCUCCCCUACCUCAGUCUCUGUCUCUCUCUGAGGUCGCCUCCUCACUCACCACCCCUAUCUGUUGCAGAUUUCCAUUCAUUAUCAUAGUUCCCUCCCCCUCCCCACACUGGACCCUCAGUGACCCUAUUCCUUCCUUUCUCCUUUCCCAACUGCUUCCCUUCAUCCAUAUGCCUUCCAUGACCCUUCCAUAUUCUCAAUUAUCCUUUCUUGUGCCCUUCUUUUGUUCAGUCUUCUUGGCUCUGUGGAGUGUAGCACUGGGCAUCCUUUAUUUUAUAGGCUCCUUACUGAGAGGGGAGAGGUCAUGCUUAGCUUCCUUUUCACUGAGCCCCACUGGAUUGCAUACCUACUUUAGGCUCCUAGGCAUAUGAGAGCUGCGUACCUGAAGACAGCAGCUCAUAGGCCUUCUGUACAGAAAACAGAAACAUUGAGUUAGUUUAUCAAUUCUUUUCCAUGGUCUCCUUUAGAGCCCGUUAUUGGGCACAUGUUUUAGGUCAAGAAGUUAAUACAUUUUAUUUUCUUUGUCUAUCAUUAAAUUGAUUAGAUUUAUAUGUAGGAGUUUUUACUGCUGUGCGUUUUCUAUGCAGUAUGUGUGAUAGAACCCAGUGCUGGUUCCCCUGGAACUGGAUUUACAGAUGGUUGGUUUUGAGUGGCCAGCGAUGUGCUAGCAAUUAAAACUGAGUGCUCUACAAACAAAACUAGAACUCUUAACUGCGUCUCCAUCUCUCUAGGCCAUAUGUGUGUAUGUAUGUGUGUGUGUGUGUGUAUGUAUAUGUAUAUGUAUGUUAAUAUUAUACAACAUGGUAAAUUUCACCAUAAGAUAAAUUUUUAUCAUGAAACUUCAAUAAAUUUUCUAGUAUAGUGCAAAAAUUUUCACCAAGAGAUAUUUACACCAAUAUGACUUGUGCUUGCAGAUGGGUCAAACAAAGACAUUUUGAAUUGGAUCUAUAACCCUGAACCCCAGUAUAAACCUUGUGUACAUCUUGUGUGUGCAUUGAUCCACAUGUGAAGGAUAGAGACUGAUAUUGUCUUCCUCUCUAUUUCCUGUACCCCACUCACAUGUGUAAUUGUGUGGGUCAAAGGACAAUGCCACUCUACAGUUCUGUUCCGCCACAUUGUGGGUUCUAGGGACUGAACUCAGGCCAUCAUCCCUCUGUAUGGGUUCCACCCCUGGUCCCUCAGUUCUGGGGACAUGUUCAUUCACUCAAAUCCUAGUGUCUUGGAGCACACUGAUCUUCAUCCUUGCAUGAAAGCAAGUUUUGGGGAUCCCCUUAUUUCCACAUCUGCAGUGAGGUUUUCAGGAAACGUGUUUUACCAAACACCUCAGGCUCUAAUCCUUAUUUCCUAUUGUUAGGCUGUACUAGGUUAUGAAGGAGAACCAUAGCACAGUAGUAGAUAUUCCAUAAUCCACAUGCUUCUUGAUAAUUUUGUAGAUCUAAAGGCCUUUAGUCUUUAAGUUACAGUUUCAUAUAAAUAAUAAAUUCUGAAUUAGAAUUCCAAGAUCUUCCUCUUUAUUGAAUAUUUUCUUUAAAUACACUGACUUGUCCUACUGUAGUUUUUCAUUCUGUCAGUCCAUUUACUCCCCACAUGUAACUUAGAUGUGUACUGAGUACAAUACACAUUCUACUAUCUCUCAAAAUCGUCCCAUUCUUAACCUUUUGUUUCUGUGCCCAGUCUCAGAGCCUGUAAAUCAUUCAUAGGUAAUGUCAACAGCCUGUGAAUCAACCCCAAGAAACACAUACCAACUCUGUCACUUCUCUAAAGGACAAGCCUACAGUCUGUCAGUCAUUCAUAAGAAAUGACUACACCCUGACCAUCAUUCAUAAGAAACACCCAACGCGAAUCACUAUCCCUGAACUCAAGCAGUAUAUCCUCCAUUGUUGGUGGGAUUGCAGACUGGUACAACCAUUGAAACUGUUUUUUAUUCAUUUGUUCCCUUUUUUUGAAACGAGUUAAAACCAAAUCAAGGUGUGAAUGACUGGCAGAUAAAGUUUUUACCAUUUUUUCUUUUGAACAUGAAACAUAAAACAUUUAAACAACAAGAAACAAAAACCACAGACAUAAACUGACAGACAUGGACAGCUUGGUGCACCAGACAAUAGACAUAGAGGGGAAAAACUAGAUGGUGUCCCACCGAAGGGACUCAGAUAUCCUACCUAUGGAACCCAGAACCAGAAAGAAGCAUUUCUCCAAUAGGAGCCAGCAGAGAGGCAGGACAUCUCCUGCCUUUCUUCUGUUACUAGGAGAGCUCUGUAAGUUUUUCUCUUUCUCCAAAGCAUCCAUGGAGAGUCUGGGAGGACUCUUUUUCCCAAACCCAUUCUCUCUCAUGUCUAGGGUGUAAACUAUCUCUAAUCAGGUCCAAAGACUAAAACAUAACUCUAAAAGAACGCAUACAUAAAAACAAUUUACCAUUACCUUGUCCCUUUUUUAUUACAAGUUUUACUCAAGCUAGUCCAAAUCAUCGAGGCCUUUUCUAGCCCAUCUUACCCCAAUACAUCCCUGUUUCUGCGCUGGCUUCCUCACCUUGAAACUCUUCUUAUGCUGACUUGGCCUGAGCUGUGCUGUUGCCCACGCACAGCCUGCAGCUUGCUUGUUAGCAGGCCUGCACACUUGUCACCCUCAGCCACACACUGUUUAAAAUUAACCAGGGACAUUUUUCAUCAAUAAAACAAAAGAAUUUAGGACAGACCGGAUAAACAGUUCUCUGCACCCAAAUCCCGUGGGAGGGAGAGCUAAACCUUCAGAGAGGCAGACACGCCUGGGAAAUCAGAAGAGACUGCACUCUGCACACAUCUCUGACGCCAGAGGAAAACACCAAAGGCCAUCUGGAGCCCUGGUGCACUGAGGCUCCCGGAAACGGCGGCGCAGAUCUUCCUGGUUGCUGCCACCGCGGAGAGCUCGUAGGCAGCACCCCACGAGCAAACUUGAGCCUCGGGACCACAGGUAAGACCAACUUUUCUGCUGCAAGUGACCUGCCUGGUGAACUCCAGACACAGGCCCACAGGAACAGUUGAAGGCCUGUAGAUAGGAAAAACUACACGCCUGAAAGCAGAACACUCUGUCCCCAUAACUGGCUGAAAGAAAACAGGAAAACAGGUCUACAGCACUCCUGACACACAGGCUUAUAGGACAGUCCAGCCACUGUCAGAAAUAGCAGAACAAAGUAACACUAGAGAUAAUCUGAUGGCGAGAGGCAAGCGCAGGAACCCAAGCAACAGAAACCAAGACUACAUGGCAUCAUCGGAGCCCAAUUCUCCCACCAAAAUAAACAUGGAAUAUCCAAACACACCAGAAAAGCAAGAUCUAGUUUCAAAAUCAUAUUUGAUCAGGAUGCUGAAGGACUUCAAGAAAGACGUGAAGAACUCCCUUAGAGAACAAGUAGAAGCCUACAGACAGGAAUCGCAAAAAUCCCUGAAAGAAUUCCAGGAAAUCAUAAAUAAACAAGUAGAAGCCCAUAGAGAGGAGUCACAAAAAUCCCUGAAAGAAAUCUAGGAAAUCAUAAAUAAACAAGUAGAAGCCCAUAGAGAGGAGUCACAAAAAUCCCUGAAAGAAUUCCAGGAAAACACAAACAGUUGAAGGAAUUAAAAAUGGAAAUAGAAGCAAUCAAGAAAGAACACAUGGAAACAACCCUGGAUAUAGAAAACCAAAAGAAGAGACAAGGAGCUGUAGAUACGAGCUUCACCAACAGAAUACAAGAGAUGGAAGAGAGAAUCUCAGGAGCAGAUGAUUCCAUAGAAAUCAUUGACUCAACUGUCAAAGAUAAUGUAAAGUGGAAAAAGCUACUGGUCACAAAACAUAUAGGAAAUCCAGGACUCAAUGAGAAGAUCACACCUAAGGAUAAUAGGUGUAGCAGAGAGUGAAGACUGCCAGCUCAAAGGACCAGUAAAUAUCUUCAACAAAAUCAUAGACAAAAACUUCCCUAACCUAAAGAAAGCGAUACCUAUAGGCACACAAGAAGCCUACAGAACUCCAAAUAGAUUGGACCAGAAACGAAACACCUCCCGUCACAUAAUAGUCAAAACACCAAAUGCACAAAAUAAAGAAAGAAUAUUAAAAGCAGUAAGGGAAAAAGGUCAAGUAACAUAUAAAGGCAGACCUAUCAGAAUUACACCAGACUUUCCGCCAGAAACUAUGAAAGC